AUGCAGGCUUUCCAGGUGGCCCCUCGGCGGUCCAUAAUUCUCGCCAUCUCGAUCGUCACCCUCUUCGUCGUCCUCUUUAAAUUCUACGGCGAUGUGCCGUACGAAUAUUAUCGAAAUUAUGGCCCCGCUGAACCCAUGGCACCCAUCGAGGUCAACAACGACAAGCCGCAGCCUGGGUAUUUCAAGUCUCAGCCAGAAUGGGAUUUCAGUGUCCCCCCCACCGCGAAAGGUUGGAACGGAUAUGCGAGGGUCCCGAAGGACCGAGAUGUCAUCGUUCUGACGGCGAGCGAUGGCGGAGGCCACAACAGCGCGAUCCCGAAUGUGUUGGAAAGAGUGCUUGACGACCGACAGAAGUAUUGUGACAGGCAUGGCUUCACGAACCUUUGGCUGAACACGAGUCGCUACGAUAUUGGAGAGGCACAUAGGACAUGGUCAAAGAUUCCCGCUGUGGCCGAGGCAUUCUCACUGCACCCAACCGCUGAAUGGGUAUGGCUCAUCGACACCGAUAUCAUCAUCAUGUCUCCUGAUACCUCCAUCGUUGACGCCAUCAUCGCUCCCAACGCCAUCGAGAGCGGCCUCAUGCGCGGCACCCCUAUCCUCGACGGCCAACUCAAGGACCACCCCACCAACAUCUCAACUCCCUCGGACUUCCGCGUCGAAGACAUCGACAUCCUCAUCACCCAAGACCACCAGAGUGUUAACACCGGCAGCGUUUUCUUCCGACGAACCGCAUUCACACGAUGGAUACUAGAAAUGAUGACGGAUUACACCAUGUUGAUGGGCAAGGAACACGUUGGCGCUGAGCAGGACGCGCUCAAACAUCUUAUGCUUGAACACCAACUUGUCCGGAACCAUGUCGGCAUUUACCCGCAACGCAAAUUCAACGCAUACGUCCAAGGCGGCAACACCAUGGGCUAUCGUGACGGCGACUUGAUGGUGCAUUUCGCGGGCUGUUGGGUUGGCGGAAAGUGCAAGGACUGGUUUGAAGAGUUUUGGGGCAAGAAGGGCUCUAAGGAAGUCUGGCGCCCUGAGGCACAGUAA